GACUUAGACCUUGUUUUUUUCACUAAGCGAUGAGUUUUUUGGGUUUUGGCGUGUCUUGAUCACCAACAUUCAUAGUUUCUUUCGUCAGUAACGUCUUUGCUACACUGAUUUGAAAAUCAGUAAUUGCUAUAUUAUUUUUUGUCAUUAUUUUAAAAAGAAUAUGGAUAUUUACCAUUAUUGUAUCAAAUAACAGCUCAACAGCAAUCUACAGAAGGUUUGUUUUUGUUAUAGUUGACCAAGAUUCGAAGUUUUACUACCACUCCUGAUCGUGUGCUUUAACGAUAAACUUCCCAAAACAUCAUUUUUUCGCACUUUUUAUUUAAAAUUAUUGUUUUUUCUUAUUUUUCCUUGGAUCCACACCGUUUAUAUUGAAUGGAAAAACACAACAAAAUUUUUGGACCCAGGGAAAUGUUUAUCAAUUUUGGUUGGGUCUCAACGUGUUAAGACAAUUGAUUAUGACAACGUACUACGUGUUUUCACAGAAUUAGAGACUAGUCUUAACAAGUUACGACAUGUUUAAAUUGAGGUGUAGGAAUUUUUGUAUAUGAAAACCACUUCUGAGACACCUCUACCACCUAAACUAUUAGAAACAAAUAUUGAGAUGGUGCUGAAAGGAAAUUCGACAACCGUAUUAAAUUUCCAAUUACCAUUAAUUAUAUACUUUUCUCCACAUCACAAAUAAAUUUUUUUAGAACGACUCCACGGAUAUUAUCCUGCCCACAUACAAAUAAAAAUAUAUAUUUAUAUUUACUCCUACUGUAUUAUCCAUCCUGUCCGUAAAUAUAAGCGAUUUAAUUCGUAAAAUUGAGCGUAAAGAUUUUUAUUAAUCAUACGACGAUUAUACAGCAGACAGACAAUCUAAUUCAAUCAUAAUUCAUAAAAAAAUUCACAUGAAUUCGAGAACGUAGAUCGAGGAAAUUCAAUUUAGGUUUCGUUUGGUUUUUAUAUUGUUCUAUAUAACAAGUAAACCAUGAUAUUCAUUCAAUAUCAGUCAAGUUUUAUCAGUAAUCAUUUUCACUAAAAACUUGUUCGAUGGUAUGAAUCAAUAUAUUUUAUGAAUGAUUUUAUUCGCAUCUUAAUCCUCGAGAAACUACAAAAAAUACGCUGUUAUCAGUAUUCUGUAUCUCAGUUUAUCCCGAUUGGAUUUUAUCUUAUACAAAUUGCAUUAUCGUAAUUAUUGAACUUUUUGUGAAGUUUGUAUACAAAUUAUUUUGUAUGCAAAUUCAGACUUGUAAGUUUUAAAACCAAAGAACUAACGGUUGAAACUCGUGCAUAAAUUGGAACCUUGCAUAGUCUAGGUUAAAGUAACAGUACCAUUACUGCCGAACAUUAAAAAUACCGUGGACUACAACAUGCAAAAACAAGCAACCAAUCUUAUCUCGAUAAUUAGAUUUUGUCUUUGUUUUUGUUCUCGCAAAUUCAGACUUGUAAGUUUUAAAACCAAGGAACUAACGGUUGAAACUCGUGCAUAAAUUGAAACCUUGCAUAGUCUAGGUUAAAGUAACAGUACCAUUACUGCCGAAAAUUAAAAAUACAUCGACGUACCGUGGACUACAACAUGCAAAAACAUGUAUCCACCAGGAGCUUUGUCGUUAGAAACCGUUCAGUUGAAGAUAAGCCUGUUGUUUUGAUCAGUAAACGUGAUAAACGACUCAUGGGCCCAGAGAUAACAGAUAAGGUUAAUGAAACUGAAGAUCUGCCUUUGAGUGAUUCUACAGUGAAAAAGAGAUUGAGAGAAGCUUUCCUUUUUGGAAGGGUGGCAUCGAAGAAACCUCUUUCAAGACAUCAAAAUGAAAUCAAGAGAUUGUAGUGGGCUAAAGAACAUAAAAAUUGGACGCACGAAGAGUGGGAGAGAGUUUUGGUUUCCUGGUCUAAAAAACAUAAGAAAACAGAGCAGAACAAAGGAAGAACGGAUGUUGUGUAAUCUCAACAGUAAAACAUGGUGGAUGCUUGAUAAUGGUUUGGGGAUGUUUUUGAGAAAAGAUAACUAGAGAUCUGAUAAAAUUGAAAGAAUUUUUAAGAAAAUAGACAAAAAAAUAUUAAAGGAAAAUGAUGCACGUAUUGGUAGAAAAUUUAUCUUCCAUCAUGACAACAAUUCCAAGCUUUCCUCGAAGCUGUACAAAAAGUAUUUGAAAGAAUUGGAAAGGAAGAAUGUUCUGAAAGUAAUAAUUUGGUCAUCAUAGUCGCCGAUCUCAAUCUGAUUGAGUUGUUAUGGGAUAUGGGUGCAUGGGGUAGAAGUUCAAAUUUUAAUUCAUUACAAAAAGUUUGCAUAAUACUCGACGUUGAUAGUUUUUCCAAUAUAGUGAAUGGAAAUUAUACCAAGUGCAUCCCAAAAAACCGACGCGAUGAACUUGCCUGCAGAUGGAACGGUCUUGGCCUUCUUUGGAGUUGGUUCUCCAUUUUCAGUCCGUUAUUUCGGGUGUGAAGUGAUGGACCCACGUUUCAUUACAACCUAAGCUUUAUUCCCGUAAAACAUCGCCAAACACUCGAUAGAAACAUCUUCACGACGCUGUUUUUGUUCCAUAGCUCGUGCACUUUCAGUCGACGAUAGAUUGUGUACUUUCCAAUACAUCGGUAAUUUUCAAGCAACUACCGCCAUCUCUAGGUCAGGCUAGAUACUUUUGAAACCAUCCUCAUAUGUUCUUAAAAGUAUAAAUAUGAAUAUCUAUUAUUUGUUGUGUAUCACUAUGAGGUGGGAAAAAAAUUUGACCGGUAGUGUAGAUCAUAAUCAUAUUGUAUUUAAUAGGUGGUCGUCAUCUUUUCCUUUUUGCCUUUUCUUCCCUUAACAACUAUCUUUUCACCCAGUCCGGAUAUAUACCCUAUCAAAGGUAGUCUUUUUGCUCUGUCCACAUAUCCCACCUGCGUUCUUUCUUCUUCUCCACCUAUUUUGCUUCUGCGCUCCUCCAAAAAUGCUCCUUAAUACCUUUCUCUUCCAUAUGUUCAUUUCGCUUCCUCCUUUUUUGUUCAUAAUCUAACACUCACUGUGAUAAAGGACCGUCGACUGUAUAACUAUCUUCUAAACGCAUAACUUGGCGACUUGACUCGAUUUCACCUCCUUCGUUAAUCACAGCUACUGUCAGGUAUUCAAACUCCUGGACAUUAACAAAUAUAAACUCCCUGUUUUGUUCUGUCGUCACUUUUUAUUGGUUGAAGUAAUUCCAAUUUCUUUUUCUUCUUCUUCCUCUCCAUAUAUUUAGUCUUCAUUUAUGUGUAGUUUAUAUUUAUGUUCAUAUGUCUGUAUUUUUCGUAGAUUGUCCCUACUUUAACAUUUGAUGGCGUUACCCACGUUAGUACCUGGAUUUCCGUUGAUUUUAUCCGUUCCUGUAAUUAAAUGAUGGGUUGUUGGAACAAUUGUCAAUAUGAACAUAUUUAACACUUUCGCUAACCUAACCAUGUUCAGAGUUUGUUCAAUUAUGUAUUCUUCAGGACUCAGGAAAGAACCUUUGCUGCGAUACCAUCUAUUUUUGAAAAAUUAAGUCUAUCUCACAUUCUUUUCGGUUCGCAAAUAUUGCAAUCACUUUUUCACUAAAGUUGUCUUUCAAAUAUAAAUUUGUAUUCCACAGAUAGCAUGGAAAGAUCUUCGUUCGUUAAAUUUCCAAGAGACGUUUUAAUACGAUUUAGCGUUGAAAAACGUCGUUUGGUUCUGUUGUAAUCUAAUCCAGAAUGAAAAUUUAGUCCAAGGAAUAUGCAACUCCUAUCGAAAGUAUUAGUUUCAUCUUGUCCGCGAGAAGCCAUUUCAAAUAGACCGACAGAAUAUAAAAAUUAAGUGCUCUAAGGAGCUAGCUGUAUGCAAAUUCUGACGUCUUUAUGAGCUUCUCUCAAAUCUAUCUACAUCUACAGUUUCACUUUCUCGUAGAUAUUUUCCAGUAUAGUCGGUUUCCGUUCCAAUUUCGCUACGAUGAAAAUUGACGUCUGACAGCUCAAUACGCUGAUUACAGUACCACUACACCAACACUCACAAUUACACUAUAACCAAGUUAUCAUCUUCAGAGACUCAAAGGAAACUGUAUACUUUUUACAGUUUUAUCCCAUUUAUUAUUCAAUUUAGUAACCGGUUUUAUUUAGGAUCCCAAUGGAUUAAUUUUUUGUGUAAUGUUGUUGUUUAUCUAUACUUUUAAAUGAUUCACUGAUUCUAAAAAUUAAAUUUUGUAAUGCGGACCUGGGCAAGUUGUUUAUUAUUCAAUUCGCGUCUUUUAUAUCUUUUCGUAAAGAUAAAAUGUUCUCUAUUUGAUGACCGGCAGUAUGUUGUAGAUAUUUGUUAUACAAACUUUCUCCUGGAAAAAGGUCUCUUGAUGUUUGAGAUGAUGGAAAUGGGGAAAAUUUAUGGAAACUGAAAUUAAUUAUUUCCUCUGAUUUCUUAUACGAAACACCCUGUAUUUUAUUAUUGUAAUAAUCCACUAGGAAAUCAAAUAUAGGGGCUCUAUCAAAAAAUAAUUAAGCUAUAUAUGCUAGAAAUUAUAUUUUUUUUUAAUUAUUAUAUGGAAACAAUAUAACUAAACAUUAUGUCAUAUCCCUUUAAAAAAAUAUAAAUGACCGUUUGCGUUUAUAGAACUGGUAAUAAUUUACUUUUAACUAGUGUGGAAAUUGUGAAAUUAAUACCGAAGAAAAAGAAAUUGUCUUUGAAUUUGUGCAGCAUCAUUGUUUAUUUCAAAUAUCUUAGACCACCCGCAUUUCUGAAACAGUUUAAAAAAGAAGAAGAAAACGACACAAAUUUGUAGUGUUUUUUGGAUGUUUGUUGAUGUCAUUUAUUUUAAUAUUUUAUUUGCUUGUAAAUGUUUAGGUCAAACAGAUUUGUGUUUAUGUGAAUAAAGUAUUAUUUCAUUUUUAUUAAAUCGUCUUAAAUAUGGAAACAUUAGAAACAGAAAAUUUCGAUAUACAAGAAUUCUACCAUCAAAAAUUUCAUGAAGAUUGUUCGAACAAUACCGAAAAGCCAUUUAAAUGUGGAAUUUGCGGACAUUGCACUACAUCUAAUGUUUUACUUAAAGUUCAUAUGAAAAUGCAUUUAAUGAGGAGACAACAUUGGUGCUCAAUAUGUAAACAAUCUUUUAACUUUAUUAGUGAAUUAAAUAAUCAUAUGGCUCAACAUAAUACACAAAACUUGGAUCAAACGAUUCAAAGCGAUAACAAACAAAAAGGUAUACAAGAAACAGACAAACCUACAAAGCAAUUUCAAAAUACAAGUCAACAGGUGCCUUUGUGUGAAAAAGAGAAAUAUCUAUUAAUAAAGUAUGUAGAAAAACUUGGUCUGAAUUUGAAAUACAAGGAACUAGAAAAAAUAAAAAUUUUCCUACGUAACGGUUGGGCUAAAAUGGUGGAAUUAUUUGCAGAAAAUAAUUUUGAUCGCAAUCCCGAUAAACUAGCUAGAACUUACUUCCAUAUGAAAAAUCAAGCAAAGAUGCAUAUAGAACGAUAUUAUGUCAAUAACAAAUUACCAAAACCUACAAAAUUAGAUUAUUUAUUUAUUAAAUUGUGUCCUGGAGAGUUUGAAAGCUUAGGAUUAGAUUUCAAAAAACUGCAGGAAGAUGGUAAAAUAAACGAAGAUAAUGUUAUGAAAAAUGAUGAUAAAUAUAACUUGACUACAGAUGAAAUACAUAUAAAAGAUGAAUUUAAUGAGAACUAUCUUUCGAAUGUGUCGUCCAUGGAUGAUACUAACAAUUUUUUACCUGAAUCCGAACCUUCAACAUCUAAACGAACCUACUUUGAAGAUGACAAGAAAGAAGAAACGCCAAAUAAAAUUAAAAAAGUUCAUUGUGAAGGUGAAUGCUUUAAAUCACUUCAAAUGAAACUUUUAAGCUCCGAAGAGGAGAGAAAAGAGGAAUUACACAAAUUAGAAAUGAAAAAGUUGGAAUCAGAAAUAAAUUUUAAAGAAGAAAUUUAUAAAAAGGAAAUAGAACUGAAGAAUUUGGAAAUAUUACUAUUGAAACAGAGACUUCUUAAACAAGAUUAAUUAUUAAGUGUUAAACUGUAACAUGCCAUUCAGCCUGUUCUUUUUUUCUUCAAAAAUUUAUUUAUUUUAUUUAC